AUGCGGAUGGCCAAGACGGUGUUCCCAGGGCUUGGGUCGCCGAUCACGCAUGUGGAUGUUACUUACGAUGGGAAGUGGAUCCUGGGCACCACGGACACAUACCUGGUUUUGAUCUGCACCAUCUUCAAGGACAAGGAUGGCAAGGAGAAGACUGGGUUCAGUGGGCGUAUGGGAAGCAGGAUCGCGGCGCCCAGGUUGCUGAAGCUCAGUCCGCUUGAUUCAAUCCUCGCUGGGAACGACAACAAAUUCCAUGGUGGACAAUUUUCAUGGUAUUGCUCUAAUGGGAAAUCUGUACUGAUUAAAUACCAGUUUUCAGGAAAAUUCAUGCACACCAUCUAUUAUUAA